UAUAUUAGCUGGUACUUCGAAGCUUACACCAUCGCUGGCAUAGACGUCUAUGAAUUUAUCAGCUACAUAUGUAAAUGUUCAGCUAUUAACUGUGCUCCCCAACCAUGUUCUUUUCAUAUGUUAAGAAAUGUUCAUAUCAUGUUCGACUAAGCUCGUAUGUGAAAACAAUAGAAAACGAUUUGCACAUUGCUCAAACACUGUUUAAAACUAGUCCUGGAUUAAGAUCUCUUUCCUCAGUAUCUUCUCAAAGGUUACCGAAGAAGAAAGAAGAAUAUGGUAGAAAAGGGCCCAUAUCAUAUAAAACCUUGUUAAUCACUGCUGGCUUAAGUAGUGCUCUGCUGGCUUUUAUGCUCUAUGUCCGCAGAGAAAAGGAAAUUGCCAUCCAACGAGAAAGAAGUAGAGCCUUAGGAAAAGCAGCAAUUAGUGGAAAGUUUAGUCUGAUGGACCACAAUGGAGCUGCUGCAUGCAGUGAUGAUUUCGUAGGGAAGUGGCUUCUUGUAUAUUUUGGCUUCACUUAUUGCCCUGACAUUUGUCCAGAUGAGAUUGAAAAGUUGGUGAAAGUUGUAGAUAAUUUAGAUAAAAUGGAAGGAGUUCCUAAAGUCCAACCAUUAUUCAUUACUGUCGAUCCUGACCGAGAUUCAGUUGACGCUGUUGCAAGAUAUGUCAAAGAAUUCAGUCCUAAGCUAAUCGGAUUAACUGGAAAGAAGGAACAAAUAGCUGAGGCAUGUCGGAACUUCAGGGUGUAUUUUAGUGCUGGCCCACGAGAUCAGGAUGAUGACUAUAUCGUUGAUCAUACCAUAAUUGUUUACCUCAUAAAUCCUGAUGGUGAAUUCGUUGAUUACUAUGGACAAAAUAAGACUGCUGAAAAUAUUUCAGCUGGAAUACUGGUCAACAUGUCUAAAUUUGAACAAUUGAAAAAAGCAUUUUGGAGAUAAGUCAUGGUUUUUCAAAUAGAAAUGGAUAUUUAUUCAUUGCAAUAAAAAGAAUUAUCAUAGCUUA